AUGGCAACCCCUGUAUCGAUUGAAGAGUUCUUGAAACCUUUAUUUGUCGAUAUUGACAAGAUCAAUCGACUAUCCCAACUGUUUCUCGAGACAUUUGAGAAGCUUGCCGCCGGCUCCGAGAACCAAGGCGGCACAAACUUGAGAGUGGGUUUUGUCCAACUUGGCAACGAAGCCGCGUCAUCUGACCAAGCCAAUGGCCAUAUCACCAACGGAUCCGAUGCCAGUUCUGCUACGAGGCAUGUGAGGAGGCUUUUGGAGAAAUCCUGGCCCAUCGAUGAACACCUCAAGAACGAGAAUCCGGAUAGUCUCUUCCUUUGGAUUGGCAAAUGCAUUGCUGAGGUAGUCCAAGAUGGAUGCGAUACGCUGCACCUACAAAGCGAUCAAACAUUGCCUCUUGGUGUUACCUUUAGCUUUCCCAUGGUGCAGCACUCACUCUCCCAAGCUACACUUAUGCAAAUGGGUAAGGGAUUCGCCAUUUCCCCCGAUCAGGAUCUGGGUGACCGCCUCACCGACGGAUACAAUCGUGCAAAGUCACACGAGCUACCGCCUAUUCGAGUCGAGGCAAUUGCCAAUGACUCGGUAUCGACACUCGUCUCAUUCAUCUUUAACUUCGAUGAAGCCUUGAAUCGACGUGCUGCUAUGGGUCUUAUUCUCGGAACAGGCUGCAAUGCAACGAUUCCGUUGAAGUUGAGCCAGCUGAACCCAUCUAAACGCCCAAAGAGUGUUGUUGCCCGACCGGAGGAGAGGGUAGAGGAUGUCAAGAUUGCGAUCAAUACUGAAUGGAGCAUCAACGGUACUGCACCUCCCUUACACGAAGUUGGGUUGGUCAGCCAAUGGGACAAAACAUUGGACAUUCAAGGUGAGUUGAAUGGCUUCCAGCCACUCGAAUUCAUGACGGCAGGCCGUUACCUGGGCGAACUCGGACGAAUUAUGCUGGUCGACUACUUGACGGAACACUUGGGUAUUGCCGCAGGAACGUUGCCUCAGAGCUUGCUGCAACAGCACAACCUUACAACAACGUUCUUGAGUCACUUCAAACCCCUCCGACCAUCGGCUCUUGUCGCUAUGCUGCAGCAAGAAUUCCCUGAAUCGACAGGAUCACCGCCGUUUGAGUGGACCGAGGACCUUGCCACGGCAGUAUAUCGAAUUGCCAAGGCCAUUGAGGUUCGAGCGGCUGGUAUUGUGGCAGCAGCCACACUGGCUCUGUUGACAUUGGCCGAAGAAGUUCCAGGCGAAGGGUCAGAGGCAUUGGAUCGGGAUUACGAACUCGGUGUAGGUUACACCGGGGGAUGCAUUGUUCACUUUCAGGACUACCUGCAGGAUUGCCAGAACUUUUUGGACCAGCUCCUGCGCAAACGAUUCGGCGAGGAGAGCCCAUUACGAGCCGUACUCAGCCCGUUCUGUCGGAUCCUUCUAUUUUAUUGUAAUCUUUCCCUCUCUUCUUUUUCUUCUUCGCCAGUUUCAAACAAGACUUCCUGCCGAAGUUAUCAACCCGCCGUUAUGUCUCCGGUCUCGGACCCCGGCCGUGCCGCUCCCGCUCCCGCUCCGGUACCUGUUCCGGUACGGACCAAUUCUCGGAGCAGCGACAGUGACGGAAGUGUCGUUGAUCCAGCAGAAUUCGAAAAUCUUUCGAGAUCCUUGACGACUGGUGCUCACUUCCUGCAGCCUGAAUCAUUAGAGAGUGCAAUGCUAAGGCCUUCUUCUUAUAAGGCUAGCCAUUACCUUCACGAUGAGGAGCAGGAGGGAGUGAUCAGUGAGGCUGAAGGUGAAGAUGAUAGUGAGAUCUCGGAGGACUUGGAUAAUGUGCGUCCUCAUGAAGGGACUCCUCUUAUAAGUCACAGCCGACGCCAUUCUAUCACAGCAAGAUCAACAACUUCUGCUGUAACGGAGAUAGACACGCCGUUUCUCAACAACACAUCUCCAACACGCUUCUGGUUCAUCUUCUCCCAGAUUCUGACAGCAUACUUCAUAUCUUGCUUCGAUGGAACAAUCAUGGCUUCAUCACAUCCUGUCAUUACAUCAUACUUUAACGCCUCAAACUCCGCAUCGUGGCUUUCCACGGCUUUCCUCCUCACUUCAUCUGCCUUUCAACCUUUACUGGGCCGGCUCUCUGAUGCCCUAGGCCGGAAGCCGCUUUUUGUAGGAGCCCUGGGCAUCUUUGCAGCCGCAACGACAUGGUGUGCUCUUGCAAACAGCAUCGAGAGCUUUAUUCUCGGACGAGCCUUUUGCGGAAUCGGUGCUGGUGGUGUUAUGACCAUUGGCUCCAUCAUUGUUUCAGACCUUGUGCCCAUUGAGAACCGUGGCGUGUAUCAGUCAUACAUCAACAUGAACUAUGGUGUUGGUUCAAGUCUGGGUGCCGCUGCAGGAGGCGCAAUGGCUGAUUAUCUUGGCUGGAGAUGGGAGUUUGGAGUUCAGAUUCCGCCACUAUUGAUUUGCAUGGUUGUUGCAUGGAUUGCCAUCCCAGAUGAUCUGGGCAUUCAGGGCGAGAGAAAGGGGGUGUGGCAGGCUCUUAAAGAAUUCGACAUCAGGGGCUCGUUGCUCUUGACUACCGCUAUUACGUUUGUGAUUCUGGGCCUGAAUCUUGGAGGCAAUGUCCUUCCAUGGUCACACCCCUUUGUCAUUGCAAGUCUUGUGAUAUUCGCCAUCACAUUCCCCGUGUUCCUAUGGGUUGAGUCCUGGGUCCAUAAACCGAUCAUGCCCCUUCAUCUAUUGAACCGACAACCUCGCGGAAAUCUAAUUUUCUCGAAUGUUAUUGCUGCUAUGGUCGCUAACUCAAUCUUAUUCAACAUUCCACUCUAUUUUCAGGCUGUCCUCCUCACAUCUGCCACCUCUUCUGGUCUCCGCCUCAUCAUUCCAACAAUCGCUGCCUCUUCAACCGGUACUUUCGUUGGUUUUGCCGUGACUUGGACUGGCCGCUUGAAGUGGCCUGUCUUAAGUGGUACUAUCUGCAUACUCAUCGGCACCAUAGGCCUGGUUUUCCUUCAGCGUGACCUCCCAUCAUGGGUUUAUCUCUUCAUCCUUCUCCCAUCAUCUAUUGGACAGGGAUUCCAAUUUCCAGGAACAUUCAUGGCGAUAUUGGCUGCAUCUCCUCAAGCCGAGCAAGCUGUUGUGACAUCUACACUCAUGCUGUGGCGAAGUCUCGGCCAGGUACUUGGUGUUGCAAGUAGCUCACUUGUUGUUCAGAACGCUCUACUCCAUUAUCUCAAACAGUACGUCACAGGAGAAGGUCGUGAUGAGAUCAUUCGUCGCGUAAGAGAGUCGGUUGAGGAGGUGGCCAAGCUCGAGCCCAAGUACCGAGAACAGGUCAUCGUGAGUUAUGAAGCCGCACUGCGACUCACAUUCAUCACUUGUGCCGUGUUUGCAUUUACCUCUGUGGUGAUGAUCUGGCCGAUCAAGCUUCCCCGUCUUGGUGUGAGAAAGCACAAAUAA